CCUACGCACAGUUGUCGAGCAGAUUCUCCCGAGCAUUUGUCGUGUACCUGUCACCAUGUCCAAUCUCCCCUCUGCCCAGCCCUCCUCCAACCCCGACGUGCCCACCUUCAAGCUCGUCCUCCUCGGUGAUGGUGGUACCGGCAAGACCACCUUCGUCAAGCGUCACCUGACUGGUGAGUUUGAGAAGAAGUACAUCGCCACCCUCGGUGUCGAGGUCCACCCUCUCGGCUUCCACACCAACCGUGGCCCCAUCUGCUUCAACACCUGGGACACCGCCGGUCAGGAGAAGUUCGGUGGUCUCCGUGAUGGUUACUACAUCAACGGCCAGUGCGCCAUCCUCAUGUUCGAUGUGACCUCCCGCAUUACCUACAAGAACGUCCCCAACUGGCACAAGGAUCUGUCUCGUGUUUGCGAGAACAUCCCCAUCGUCCUGUGCGGCAACAAGGUCGACAUCAAGGACCGCAAGGUUAAGGCCAAGAACAUCACCUUCCACCGCAAGAAGAACCUCCAGUACUACGACAUCUCUGCCAAGUCCAACUACAACUUCGAGAAGCCCUUCCUCUGGCUCGCUCGCAAGCUCGUCGGCGACCCCCAGCUCGAGUUCGUCGCUGCCCCGGCCCUGCCGCCUCCUGAGGUCACCAUCGACCCGGAGCUCAUCCGUCAGUACGAGAACGAGAUCAUGAUCGCCGCUUCUCAGCCCCUGCCUGAUGAGGACGACAACGACUUCUAAAUGCGCGUGUUGUUCCCUCGCCGCCGUGGCCCUCUCCCCCCCACAAUGCGGCAUGCCGCGCGCGUGGUGGCACUUCCCCCCUCCCCUUGUUCAGAGCCCUCCCUCGAGAGUCCCCCCCCCCCCCACUACACACCUGCCUUUCGUGCCCUACGCGUGCGCACGCACACUUAUCAGCACGUUACACACAUAAACAAGCCUCCCUGGUUCAUGGUGCCGUUUUGCUGCUGUGCCCGCGGCGGC